UUUUUUUUUUUUAAAGUCACUUCCGUUCUGACGAGGUCGGUUUGGUGGAUGCACUUCCGGCGGCGGCGACUUGGACGACUGAAGGAAGAUGGGUCAAAGUCAGAGUGGUGGUCACGGUCCUGGGGGUGGCAAGAAGGAUGACAAGGACAAGAAAAAGAAAUACGAACCUCCUGUCCCAACUAGAGUGGGAAAAAAGAAGAAGAAAACGAAGGGACCAGAUGCUGCCAGCAAACUGCCACUGGUAACACCUCACACUCAGUGCCGCCUGAAAUUACUGAAGCUAGAGAGAAUAAAAGACUAUCUUCUCAUGGAGGAAGAAUUCAUUAGAAAUCAGGAACAGAUGAAACCAUUAGAAGAAAAGCAAGAGGAGGAAAGAUCAAAAGUGGAUGAUCUCAGGGGGACCCCCAUGUCUGUGGGAACCUUGGAAGAGAUCAUUGAUGAUAAUCAUGCCAUUGUGUCCACAUCGGUGGGCUCAGAACACUAUGUCAGCAUCCUAUCAUUUGUAGAUAAGGAUCUGCUGGAACCAGGCUGUUCAGUCCUGCUCAACCACAAGGUGCAUGCUGUGAUAGGGGUGCUAAUGGAUGACACGGAUCCCCUGGUCACAGUGAUGAAGGUGGAAAAGGCCCCCCAGGAGACCUACGCAGAUAUUGGGGGACUGGACAACCAGAUCCAGGAAAUUAAGGAGUCUGUAGAGCUUCCUCUCACCCACCCUGAGUAUUAUGAAGAGAUGGGGAUAAAGCCCCCUAAGGGCGUCAUUCUCUAUGGUCCUCCAGGAACAGGUAAAACUCUAUUGGCCAAAGCAGUAGCGAACCAAACUUCAGCCACUUUCUUGCGAGUGGUCGGCUCAGAGCUUAUUCAGAAGUACCUAGGUGAUGGGCCCAAACUUGUUCGGGAGCUCUUCCGGGUUGCUGAAGAACACGCACCAUCCAUUGUGUUCAUUGAUGAAAUCGACGCCAUUGGGACCAAAAGAUAUGAUUCAAACUCUGGAGGUGAGAGAGAAAUUCAACGAACAAUGUUGGAACUGUUGAACCAGUUGGAUGGAUUUGAUUCGAGGGGAGAUGUAAAAGUUAUCAUGGCCACAAACCGAAUAGAAACUUUGGAUCCAGCCCUUAUCAGACCAGGCCGCAUUGACCGGAAGAUUGAGUUCCCCCUGCCCGAUGAAAAGACCAAGAAGCGUAUCUUCCAGAUUCACACCAGCAGGAUGACACUGGCUGAUGACGUAACCUUGGAUGACUUGAUCAUGGCAAAGGAUGACCUCUCUGGGGCUGACAUCAAGGCAAUCUGUACAGAAGCUGGUUUGAUGGCCUUGCGGGAACGCAGAAUGAAAGUAACAAAUGAAGACUUCAAAAAAUCUAAAGAGAAUGUUCUUUAUAAGAAACAAGAAGGCACCCCUGAGGGGCUGUAUCUCUAGUGACCCCUAGUCACCUUCAGGGACGGGAAGCUGCCCCGAGGAGUCCAUUUCCAGUCAAUUUUUGCUAGUAGAAAGCCUGUGUGGAGGAGGAUGCUGUGCAGGCUGUCUCCAUCUGUUGUUGGUCAUUGUGCGGUGCUGCUCUCUACUCCAAUAAAGGAUUGUCCUGGUUUGCUUUCUA